CUUGGCACCGAGUCGACUGUAAACAAAAACGACACCAGAGUACGGACUUAAGCUUCAGUUUGUGGAGAAGGUAAAAGGAUAGGCGCGCCACCAUUUGCAGCACAGACGGACAGAGAGAUAGAAAAUGAACCUCGUCCAAAGGGCAGCUCCAAGCCUCCCCAAGCUUUUCGGAUUUGCCAAGAGGCCCUUCAAGUCCUUGAGAUUCCCAGGGGAGCCCCUCGACUCUUCAUCUUCUCUCCCCCCUCUCUCCUACGGAAUCCACGUCUUCCAUUGCCCCGAUGCAGUUGGGAUUGUGGCCAAGCUAUCGGAUUGCAUUGCUUCUAAAGGCGGAAACAUUCUCGGCGCCAGCAUCUUCGUGCCCGAAAACAAGCACGUUUUUUAUUCCAGAAGCGAAUUUAUUUUCGAUCCUCUUAAAUGGCCAAGAAAGGAAAUGGAUGAGGAUUUCCAUAAGCUGUCGUUAACAUACUCUGCAAUGAGAUCUGUUGUCCGGGUUCCAAAUCUUGACCCCAAGUAUAAGAUUGGUGUCCUUGUCUCAAAACAGGAUCAUUGCCUGGUUGAUUUAUUACAUCAGUGGCAGGAAGGCAGGCUUCCAGUAGAUAUAACUUGUGUAAUAAGUAAUCAUCAUCGAGGUCCGAACACCCAUGUGCAUCGUUUUCUAGAAAGACACGGUAUACCUUACCAUUAUCUAAAUACAACCAUGGAUGACAAAAGAGAAGGGGAGAUACUGGAGUUGGUUCAAAACACUGAUUUUUUAGUUCUUGCCAGGUACAUGCAGAUAUUAUCCGGUGAUUUUUUAAAGAGCUAUGGAAAGGAUAUAAUUAACAUUCAUCAUGGCCUUUUGCCGUCAUUCAAAGGUGGAAAACCAUCUAAACAGGCUUUUGAUGCAGGGGUGAAGCUUAUUGGCGCAACAACUCAUUUUGUGACGCAAGAACUUGAUGCUGGGCCUAUUAUUGAACAGAUGGUUGCGAGAGUUUCACACAGAGAUAAUUUGCAGACUUUUGUGCAGAAAUCGGAGAACCUCGAAAAACAAUGCCUAACGAUGGCUAUCAAGUCAUACUGUGAGCUGCGAGUAUUACCUUACGAGGAUAACAAGACUGUUGUAUUUUGAUGGAAAAAAAGAUCAUAGAUCUGUCAAGAGGUGGUUGAACUCUGUUUGUACAUUAAAAUCAUUUGUAUGAAAAGUUGCAAUACAUGUUUGCCAUUUUUCUGCAAGUCUUACAAAUUUGUUGUGUACCA